CCCUCUCCGAGGCUUAUAUAGAGGCUGGAGGUGGGGAAGGCAGGAGGAGAGCGCGGCGGGCAGGCAAGGAAGGCAGACAGACAGUGAACCCUACGAGAGAAGCAGGCAGGAUCCCUGGAUCCCGGCAACCGCCUGUUGCUGAUCCCCGCGGGCGGCCGUCCGCCCGCUCCUCGCCGCCUUUUGCUGGGCUUUUCUUCUCCUUCGCUCACCUCCCGAGGUUCGGCGGUCCCUCCGGGCUGAUACCCCCCUCCCCGCCAUGCACUGCCAGGGCGGGCUCCGGCUGCCUUCUCCCGGGCAGCAGCUGAAAGCAGCCAGGCGGCGCUACAAGACCUUCAUGAUCGACGAGAUCCUCUCCAAGGAGACCUGCGAUUACUUCGAGAAGCUCUCGCUCUACUCCGUCUGCCCUUCUCUGGUCGUCCGGCCCAAAGCUUUGCACUCCUGCACCGGAUCCUCUUCUCUCCGGGCUUAUCCACUUAUCUCUGUCAUCACCCGACAGCCUUCAGCGGUCUCUCGCUUCAUUCCUGCAGUGAGCACCUCUCGCGUUCUCUCCCCGCUCCCACCUUCGGGAAGCACCUGUUCAGAGAGCCAAGCCAACGAAACUCAUGGAAGCAGUGAAUCCGAGACAGAGCACCCCACCCUCCCCUUGAAAAAGCCUCGUCGCAGCCGGACCAUCUUCACAGAGUUGCAGCUGAUGGGACUAGAGAAGAAAUUCCAAAAGCAGAAAUAUCUGUCCACCCCAGACAGGCUGGAUCUUGCUCAGUCGCUGGGCCUCACUCAACUCCAAGUGAAAACCUGGUACCAAAAUCGCAGGAUGAAAUGGAAAAAAAUGGUCCUGAAAGGGGGACAGGAGGCCCCCACGAAACCCAAGGGCCGCCCAAAGAAAAAUUCCAUUCCCACCUCAGAGGAAAUCGAAGCAGAAGAAAAGUUGAACAACCAAGCUCAGCCAGAGGUCUCGAAGGAAAGCCAAGCAGAAGAUGACUGUGGGUCGACCAAGGAGCCGUUGAGCUCCUCUUCAGAUACCGAUGGAUCUCUUAAACACAUAGCAGAGGCAUCUCCAGGGCUGACAACCUCAAGUUAAGAGCCACCUCAAAGCUUUCCCAGGGGACAAUGCAUAAACUGGAUCUCCCUGCACUUUGUGCCUUAAGAAAUCGAUUGGUGUGAUGGGUGACGGCUGAAUGAGGAGAUCCAAUGUUAACCAGGAUGGUUUCUUGACUCCCAGUGUCAAGUACACACUUUCCCUACACAUAUCCUGGAAUCUGAGUAAUUCUCCCAAAAACCGCAUGCUAAAGAGAUUGGCGCUUCCAAAACAGCACAAGCGACUCAACUCCUCAUGUUUCCACGAGAAGAAGCGUUUUAGGGACUUCAGCAUGCUGAAGAUACUGGUUCUUUAUUUUGCCAUAACUGUUGUUGUUGUUGUUGUUGUUAUAAUUAUUAUUCAGAAUGCUUUAAAAUGGAUUCUAAGCGGCAACUACCAAAGACAGGGGGAAUAGGAUUCCUACUGUUGCAUUUUGUAAAAGUGCCCAUGCAAAGCAUUUUUCAUGGGUCAUUCAAACUAAGGGGAUGUCGGUGGUCUCCCAUUAUGCUGGCCAGAGAGUGAUUUUGGUGGCAGUCAAGAGAAAUAUUAAUGAUAUUCUUGAAUUGUGAGCCUCUGGUGAGCUAAUUUCCCAAAAGACCAUUUAAGCCACCAGGAAAUGAAGAAGACGCACAUGUCCUAGAAAGAGCUGCCUUGACAGCAAAUAUAUGGUUUGGCCAACAGUGACCAGGGGCUGGUUGUAGUCACUCAGUAGGCUGACGUUGCAAUCCAGAACAAUGGCUGAUACGCCUAGCUCCAUACCGGCUACUGUUUGUCCCCAUUGAAUUGUAAGCAAACUAUAUUGUAACAUACCAGAAUCAACAUCAGAGGUUGGAAUGUUGAGGAGCACAUCAAGGCCCUAAGUCAGUGUUGGUGAACCUAUGGCACGCGUGCCAGAAGCAGCAUGCAAAACCAUCCCACAAAGAAUGUGCGGCCUUGCUGGCUCCUAUUCCGCAUUCCUGUGAUCACAUGCAUGCGGGUCAGCUGGCCGUCGUGCACGCGGAAAUGCGGAACCCGGAAGAGCAGCAUCCUGUCACACAUGCGUAAGCCGGCACCCGACCUUCUGGGUUGACGUUGCGCGCAUGUGCGAUGGCCAGCUGUUUGUCGGGCGCCAGCUGUUUGCCGGUAUCGGGUGUUCAGGUGCUGGCUCGCGCAUGCACGAUGGACCACCACUCUUCUGGGUAUUGGCGCUCCCGAAGGCCAGCAGGGCCAUGCAUACCUUGCAGGAUGGUUUUGCGUGCCACUUCUGGCACGCAGGCUGGCAACGCGGGCACAUCAAAGGUUUGCCAUCUCUGCCCUAAGUUCUCUGGGGAUGAUCAGUGGCAAAUCUGAAUGGAUGCUGCCAGCCCAACUCUGCUAUUUACUCAACUUGCUUUUUGGAAGUGUGUGUGGAGGGUGACAUACUAGCAAUCUCCAGUCCCUUUGUACUCUCUAUCUAGACCAGGGGUGUCCAACUCAAUUUCAUUGAGGGCCGCAUCAGGGCUGUGGUUGACCUCGCCGGGGGGGGGGGAGCUGUGUGGGCAUGGCCAACUGGAUGGGUAUGGCCAAUGGUGGGAUUCAGCCAGCUUUCACCAUUUCGGGAAAACCGGCUGUUUUAACUUUCUGAGCAGUUUGGCAAACUGAUUGUUGGAAGAAAUCAUUAGGGCAGAGAACCGGUUGUUAAAUUACUUGAAUCCCACCACUGGGUGUGGCCCAGCGGCGAGUUUCAGCAGGUUCUGAGCAGUUCUGGGGAACCAGUAGUGGAAAUUUUGAGUAGUUCGGAGAACCGGUAGUAAAAAUUCUGACUGGCCCCGCCCCCAUCUAUUCUCUGCCUCCCAAGUCCCAGCUGAUCGGGAGGAAUGGAGAUUUUACAGUAUCCUUCUCCUGCCAUGCCCAUUAAGCCAUGCCAUGCCCACCAAGCCACGCCCACAGAACUGGUAGUAAAAAAAAAUUGAAACCCACCACUGCCUUGGCCAUCUUGACACCACUCCCCAAACUGCUGGCAUGUUUCCUUUUUGCAUUGGGUAGACCAGGACGAUGCUAUGCUGGCCCGACCUUUCCUCUUUGCACUGGGUAAACCGGGAUGGCCCUGUGAAACAGAUCCGAUCAUAUCACGGGCCAGACCUGGCCCGCAGGCCUUGAGUUAGACACCCCAGAUCUAGACCAGGGGUCUCCAACCUUGGCAACUUUAAACCUGGCGGACUUCAACUGCCAGAAUUCUGGGAGUUGAAGUCCGCCAGGCUUAAAGUUGCCAAGGUUGGAGACCCCUAGUCUAGACUGUGAUCCGGGUUUAACUUAGCAGAAGAAGGCUUGUGUGGGGGUGCUAGAGGCUGAAAAGGGAACCACUUGGUCAUAAGUGUGCCCUGAAAAGAUCUUGCACAAGAGUCUUCCACACCUGGAUCAUUUUCAGGCUGACACAUUUCUUCUGGUGAAGAGUCCAUGUAUACAGCAGAAUGCCACUGCAGGCCAUUUAAUGGCUUCUUUCAAUACAGAGAAUAUUAUUGGACACUUAAAGCAAGUCUUUCCUCCAAUCAGGAAUAGUGUUACCCUGGAAAUGAAGUGGAAGUUAAUAGGAGAGCAAGCAAAACACACUAGCAUACAGUAUUUCCCCCAAGGGUAUCUGUGCAAUGAAUUGUUAGGAAUUUAAGCUGCCAUAAUCAAAAAGCCAGUUUACCUUUGUGUGUUCGCCUCUGGCCAGUUUAUAUUAAGGAGCAGCAUCUAGGAGUUUCCUCUAGCCUCCGUUGCUAUCUCCUUUGUACAUUUCUUCCACUUGUAAAAAAAAACACACACGAAACCAUUGUUUUCAACAAUGCAUCCAAAGCAUAUAUCAAAAUGGCAUUGGAAAGCUUGUUUUUUUAAAAAAAGAAUGUUAUUUGCUCCUACACACAACGCAUCCAAAGCGUGCAUCAAAAUGGCAUUGGAAAGCUUGUGGUUUU